AUGUUUCUCAUAGCGAAGAUAGUAAGAGGACGCAGGCUUUUACAUGAGCUGGAGCAACAGGAGAAAGGAGAAGCUGCUGCUUUGGAAGCUGCUCAGACUCUGCAGCAGGUUUCCCGUCGACUAGCUCGUCAGAGGAAAAGCAGUCCAAGUUCGUAUGAAGAAGUGGAAAUGGAUGAACAGCCAGGAACGAGUGUCCCUCGUAAUCGAAAAUGCAGUCGGAAAGCUGUUCGUCAGAAGACUCUAGGAGGCUCAGGUGAUUCUUCAGCCGAAGGGACGACUGUACGAAGAACUAGCAGCAUGCCAAGUCUAUGUGAUGCCAUCACACAAGAUGGAGCUACGACAUCAGCAAUGAAGCCUUAUGAUUACGAAUCUAAGCUCAACAAACUACAACGAAGAGGUCUCAGAUUUACCUGGCACAGACUUCAAACAAGAAAUGGCGGAAAACGGGUUGAAAAUGUUUUCGAAGAGGUAUUUGAUCGUUUGAUUAGAUAUCUUCCACAAAUAAGGGAUAUGUUCACAACUCGAAUGUUCUUGUGUGCAAUGUCGAGGAAUGAGAUGGCUUCUUUACGUGAUCAUGCUAAAGUAACCGUCAAAAUGUUCGAUAACGUCAUAAAGAAUUUGGAUGUUGAAAAAAGCAAAAGGACAGACACUGGGACCGAGCUCGAUCCACGUAUGAUAGGGAGAGCUCACGGAUCUCUACGGCCAUAUGGAUUAACAGGAACAUAUUGGGAAAAACUUGGAGAGGUCAUAAUUGAUGUUGUCCUCGCUCAAGAAGCCGUUCGCGACUUGCCUGGAGCAGGUCAGGCAUGGGUAAUUCUAACAGCUUGCGUAGUUGAUCAAUUACGGGCAGGGUUUGAAGAAAACCGGAAUACACAGCAUGCUGUUUUCCCAAAGCAAUCAACGGUUCUUCAUCAUGCCACCCGCCAUCUACAUAACGAGUCAACCGAUUCAGACGGUCCUCAUCAUCAACAAGAAGAGCCACAUCAGGCAUGUCCUAUGAGACCAGAACCUUCUGAGGGUGUGGCCGGCUUAGCUCGACGUCUUCAUCAGAUGCCAUUCUCACCAAAAAUAAAACGGCAUCAAAGCGUAGCUGAAGAGCAUCCGUCGUCGAGUUCGUCCUCCAUUCAUUCAUGCCCUUUUGAGUCGAGAGGCUCGCUCAAAGAACAUGCAAAUCAAUCACCAGAACAGCCAGCUAUUACUAUAAACUGA